CACCUCCCCCGAUUUACCCUGAUGGCGAGGAUUAUUGAUAUAAAAAUGAAAGAAAGUCAAUUUUGGGUAGUACAAUUUUAUUGGCUCGUGUGGUAGUGUAUCAAGUGACACGAUGAGGAUUUUGGUGGUCUUGACCACCUUACUUGCAGCGACUUACGGAAUACCACAAGGUUACAACUACCCUCCGGCUCCUAGUGGUCCCAGUGGACCCCCAUCAGGCAGCUAUGGCCCACCACCCGGCCCACCACCAAAAUAUGGCCCACCUAAUGGUGGAAACGGAGGAGGACCACCGGUAGUGCAAAAACAUGUAUACGUUCAUGUUCCACCUCCGGAGAAGGACGUUCCGAGACCUAGGAAGCCCAUUGAAGUCCCACCAGCGCAGAAACAUUAUAAGAUUAUCUUUAUUAAGGCACCAACUCCACCAACGCCAACAGCUCCAAUCAUCCCAGCUCAACCUCAAAAUGAGGAGAAGACUCUCGUAUAUGUAUUGGUGAAGAAACCAGAAGAACCACCAGAGAUCACCAUUCCUACCCCUGCGCCAACCCAGCCCAGCAAACCAGAAGUUUACUUUAUUAGAUACAAGACGAAAAAAGAAAAUGGUGGAGGACCAUACCCAGAUAGUGGCCAAACCAGUAAUGGCGGCUAUCCAGCAGCCGGUCCGCCAUCCACUGAAUAUGGUGCACCAAAUGGAGGAACGAACGGAUAUAAAUAAGCAUCUUAUAAAUAUUAAGUAAAUCAAUGGUAGAUAAUUGCCAGCAAUGAAAUGCCAAAAUAUGUCCUAUGUAAACUUUGUUGAUCUAAAUUGAAAAACUUUCGGAGAGACGUGUUUUUGAUUUUGUACUCAUAACGUUUUAACUUUUAGGAUAAAAUAAUAAAGCUUUAAAAAAUGGUGACAAAAUAUUUUUAACCACUUACUUGUUAUUAUGAUUUGUGGCUUAAAGUUGUUAUUUUUAUUUGAUUGUAUGUGUAGAGGUUUGUGAUAGUUUUUUUCUUAUUGUAUAUAUUUUUUGUUUUACUUUUAUAAGUCCUAGGCAUAGCUUUUAUAAAAGAUCAAUUUAUCAUACUUAUUAAGUUUACAAUGCUCUGUCCCAGAGUUUUUAAAUAUAUUUUUAUACCUAAAUAAAA